AUGGCACUAAAAUAUGCACUGUAUCAAACACAUUCAACCAUCCACAUAUUCACAGACUCCCUCUCAGCCUUACAGGUUCUAAGGAGAACCCAAGCCACAGACAACUUAAGGCUUAUCUCAACAGUCCUGUUCCAUAUACGACAACUAAAAGAACAGGAGAAAAUCCUAACUUUCUGGUGGAUACCAAGCCAUGUCAAUAUCACAGGCAACGAUUUAGCUGACACUGCUGCUAAAAACAGCCUCAAGAACCUCUUAGUCACAGGCCACAUUCCUCCAAGCCUCAGCCAGCUGAAGAAGCACGUACGGAGAGCCGCUUACGAAACUCUCCUCAUCGAGCACCGUGCAUGGGUCAUUGCAGGCUCACCAUCCGCAAGCUGGUACAAGAUAGUUACUGAAUGCAAUCCCCCCUUCCUUGUCAACAACCUCUCACGAAACACCGCUGCCAUCUUUCACAGACUUCGCUUGGGUUACCGCUGCAAUUGGGAGAUUGACAUGCGGGUUCCCAAGCCUUGUACAUUGUGCGACACAAUCACUCAAGAACCCCUGAUACACUACGUACUAGACUGCCCAAGCAUCCAACAUCUCCGACCCAGGAAAUUCCACAGCAACAACCGACAAGAUGAAAGCCACUUUGCAUCUACAGCUGCCAGAUGCCUAGUGGAAAUGCUCAGUCUCCCAGACUCACUAUUAGUCUUCACCAGAGACCCUCCUCCUAGAUGA